CUCGCCGCAGUACCACAUUAUUACCAAUCGCGACAACACCUGAUGCGAAGGAGCUUAAUUAUAUUUUACGCAGGGAGUUUGUGGUAUUCAAACCAUUACGAAUUCUCGAUGAAAAGAUUCGUUUCGUAUUGAUACAAGAUCUUGAUGAGAGUAGUGAAAGUGGCUUUCGGAGUUUCCUUGCGUCGUUCCUAUUGUUAUUCCGAUAUUCGUUCCAAUUUUGCGAACGGCUUCCCCAGUUUUCCUUUACGCAGUUUCAACUUGUCGUUAGUUAUUAAAAUUUGAAAAUGGAGGCUCAACUCGUUGCAAAAAUGCAGACAACCACGCUUAGAAACAACGAUAAGCACCAGACUGACUUCGCUAAAGAUGCCCCGAGAAUAUCUCGAUACUCGCUGGCGGACAAGGCUUCGUCGAGAGGGGGAAUGGACUACCAUUUCCGAAUAAUUACCGCCGAAGACAAAGAGAACGUGUUGAAAUUCCUUAGGCGAUUCUUCUUCAGAGACGAACCAUUGAAUCACUCAAUCCAACUGAUUCCCGAUGGAGAGAACAGCACCUGCGUUGAACUCGAAGAUUACAGCAUGUCGAGCAUCGACGACAACCUCAGUAUGAUGGCCGUUUCCUCAUCUGGUGAAAUUAUAGGGGUAUUACUCAACGGAGUAAUGGAACCGCCCAAGGAAGGGGAGCCUGAGUACGUGACGAACUGUGCGAAUCCGAAAUUCAAAAAAAUUUUGAAACUCUUGAGUCACGUAGACACGAAAGCUGGCCUGGCGAAAAAAUUCCCCGAUCAGAGGGUUUUGGAAUUGAGAAUAGUUUCUGUAGACGGAACAUGGAGAGGCAGAGGUGUGGCCAAAGCGCUGGUGGAAAGAACGGAAAAUUUGGCCAAGGAUCUCGGUUUCGACGUUUUGCGAUGCGAUUGCAGCUCUUUCUAUUCGGGAAAGCUGUGUCAGCGACUCGGAUUCGAAACCACUUACGCUCUCCCGUAUGCCGAAUACGUUGACGAAGAUGGGAAGCCAGUUUUUACACCAUCUGAUCCACACGCAGCAAUCGUAACUUACAUUAAAAAAAUUUGAGAGCUUUGCGUGGAAUAUUUCGUCGUAAGCAUGUCGUUCAAACUGACAUAUAAUUAUGCGAAUCUGGACAAGGUGCCCUUCGAUUCUUUUGAAUUUAUUGUACAGAUAAAAUGUUUAUUAUUUCCCAAAAACUUUGAAUUAAAUUAUUUUAUUUCAUUAU